GGUUGUCUUCAACAUUAAACAGCAAAUAUUUCACUAGUUUUUCACUCUGUAAAACAAAACAAAACCAUAAUGAGUACUGGUAAACACUACGCCAAAGGUUCCGCGAAACCCGUGCUGCCCGAUGAUGGACAAUUGCGUUUGUUCUCGAUGCGCUUCUGUCCCUAUGCACAGCGCGCACAUCUGGUGCUGAUUGCCAAGAAGGUGCCGCAUCACACCGUGUUCAUUAAUCUCACCGAGAAACCCGAGUGGCUGGUGGAUGUGAGUCCACUGCUGAAGGUGCCUGCGCUGCAGCUGGCGGAAGAGAAGGGUGCACCCUCGCUCAUCGAGUCGCUGAUCAUUGCCGAGUAUCUGGAUGAGAAGUAUCCACAGAAUCCGCUGCUGCCCAAGGAUCCGCUGAAGAAGGCACAGGAAAAGAUCCUGCUGGAGCGUUUCAGUGACGUCACAAGCGCCUUCUAUAAGAUCUUCCUGCAGAGCACCGGACUCGAUGACUUCUUGCUGGCUCUGGACAUCAUCGAGCAGGAGCUUGUGAAGCGUGGAACACCCUUUUUCGGUGGCGAUAAGCCUGGCUUUGUGGACUACAUGAUUUGGCCCUGGCUAGAGCGUCUGCCAUUGAUUGAGUUCGUCCUGAAGGAGUACAGCUUUGAUGCGAAACGUUUUGCCCGGAUUGCCAAGCUGAUUGAGCUGCUCAAAGCGGAUGAUGCCGUCAAGUCCUACUAUGUGACCCCCGAGCAGCACAUCGAAUUCUGGAAGUCACGCAAAGCGGGCAACGCCAACUACGAUCUGCUGGCCUAGAUCUCAAUGAUUUUAGUUUUUAAAUUUAUUGAAUGAAUAAAGUUGUCUUAGAACAGAGA